AUGAAGGUUGCAUUUGCUAUAUUACUGUUGGCAUGCCAGAGACUCAACGGCAACGUCGUGCGAAGAAAGGACGCGUUACAGGAAGAGGUCUAUGCAACUUCAGAAAAUGUCAAGAAGAAGACUGCUAAUUCGUUGAAUGAAACCAAUUCUUCUCUCGAAACAAUUACUGAAGAUUCGCAUAUUGAGCGGAUGAGCGGAGCGCGGAAAAAUGGUACCGAAUCUAAGGAACAUGAUGACGGUAUCAAUCAUGCGAACCCUAACAUUUCUCAGUUGAUGCAACACGGCGAAAUUAUGAGGACCUCCAUAUUACAAGUGAAAAAUCCUGAAGAUGCUCACUAUGAGAGCGAAGAGAAAUUUGAUUCUAGAAUGGCAAGAGACACAGAUGACGAUGAAACCGGAGAGGACAUUGAUCCUGAUAACGAGGAUAAUGACGAUGGAGACAAAAUUGGUUUCAAGCCAGCAGAUCCGCGUGUAGUCAAGCCAGAUAGGGUACCAAUAUCCGCGGAAAUCAAAGAGGAUACUGUCAAGCCUAUCGAUCUUCAUAUUUACGUCCACCUGAGUGGUUUGGGAAGAAACAAUAGAUUUGAUUCGAGCCGUGGUUGGGAGCGGGAAUCAUGGAAGAGAUGACACUAUUUUUGAAAAGCGAC